UCCAUUAAUCCAUUUUUCUGUACAUUGCAGCUUGAAUUGUGGGUCUCUCAGUAACCGGUAACCAGCCUGAGUUUUGUGAGAUCUCUUCUGUUUUUCCCAUGACUACCUACUGCAAGAAGCUCGACUAGGCCCUGUGCUUUACAAAAUAUGGCAGAAAAGGCUCCUCCAGGGCUGAACAGAAAGUCCUCAAGGUCCACUCUUUCUCUUCCACCAGAGCCAGUGGAGAUCAUUCGAAGCAAAGCAUGUUCUCGGAGAGUGAAAAUAAAUGUAGGUGGCUUAAACCACGAGGUCUUAUGGAGGACUUUAGACCGUCUGCCAAGGACUAGACUAGGAAAACUGAGAGACUGUAACACUCAUGAGUGUCUACUGGAAGUAUGCGAUGACUACAAUCUAAAUGAGAAUGAGUAUUUUUUUGACCGGCACCCAGGAGCUUUUACUUCUAUAUUAAAUUUCUAUAGGACAGGGAAGCUGCAUAUGAUGGAGGAGAUGUGUGCACUAUCGUUUGGCCAGGAGCUGGACUACUGGGGAAUCGAUGAAAUAUACUUGGAGUCAUGCUGCCAGGCCAGAUAUCAUCAGAAGAAAGAACAAAUGAAUGAGGAGCUGAGAAGGGAAGCAGAGACUUUGAGAGAGAGGGAAGGAGAAGAAUUUGAUAACACUUGCUGCCCUGAGAAACGAAAAAAGCUUUGGGACCUACUGGAAAAGCCAAACUCAUCAGUAGCUGCAAAGAUUUUGGCGAUUAUAUCAAUUCUGUUUAUUGUGCUUUCGACCAUUGCAUUAUCUCUGAACACACUACCUGAUCUGCAAGAACCGGAUGAAUUUGGGCAGCCAAAUGAUAACCCUCAGUUGGCACAUGUGGAAGCCGUCUGCAUUGCUUGGUUCACAAUGGAAUAUCUACUAAGAUUUCUUUCUUCACCCAACAAGUGGAAGUUUUUUAAAGGCCCACUGAACAUAAUUGAUUUAUUAGCCAUUUUGCCAUAUUAUGUGACAAUUUUCCUUACAGAAUCCAACAAGAGUGUUCUUCAGUUUCAAAAUGUCCGUCGAGUGGUUCAAAUUUUCAGAAUUAUGAGGAUUUUACGUAUCCUUAAGCUUGCCAGACAUUCAACAGGUCUCCAAUCACUAGGAUUUACACUCAGGAGAAGUUACAAUGAACUAGGACUACUGAUAUUAUUUUUAGCUAUGGGAAUAAUGAUAUUUUCUAGCUUGGUGUUUUUUGCGGAGAAAGAUGAAGAUGCUACUAAAUUCACAAGUAUACCUGCCUCAUUUUGGUGGGCAACCAUAACUAUGACCACAGUUGGGUAUGGAGACAUUUAUCCUAAAACAUUACUUGGCAAAAUAGUUGGAGGUCUUUGUUGCAUUGCUGGUGUAUUAGUGAUUGCAUUGCCUAUUCCAAUCAUUGUAAACAAUUUCUCAGAAUUUUACAAAGAGCAGAAAAGGCAAGAGAAAGCAAUAAAGAGGAGAGAAGCACUUGAAAGAGCGAAGAGAAAUGGUAGCAUUGUGUCUAUGAAUCUGAAAGAUGCAUUUGCUCGCAGCAUGGAGCUGAUCGAUAUUGUUGUAGAUAAGUCUGCCGACGAAUCUAAUAAAGUAGAGAACACUAAUGAUAAUCAUUUGUCUCCUAGCCGAUGGAAAUGGACGAGGAGGACAAUGUCUGAGACAAGUUCAAAUAAAUCAUUCGACAAUAAAUAUCAGGAGGUCAGUCAACAUGACUCCCAAGAACUAUUAAACAAUUCUUCUUCCAGCCCACAACAUCUCAGUGCACAGAAACUAGAGGAGCUGUACAACGAGAUCACAAAAGCACAAUCACAUCCUAGUGUUAACUCUGCCUAUCAUGAGCAGUCAAUCAUUCCACCUGCAUAUGAAGAGGAAAUAGAAAUGGAAGAUGUUUCGGCGAGGAGAAACCAGUUAUCAGUUGUUCCAAAAGAUAUAAUAACUGACAUGAGAAGUGUCUCAAGCAUUGACAGCUUUGCCAGUUGUGCAACAGACUUUACUGAAGCUGAAAGAUCUCCUCUUACACCAUUUCCAGGAAGUAACCUUGAAAUGAGGUUCCCUUCAUACACUGUUCCUCAAGAAGGUGGCAGAGAGGUUAAAAUGUCUCAGUUCCAACCACGUACAAAAUACCCAGGUUUUGCUCCAAAAGAUGUCACUUUUGAAUAUAAAUUAUCAGAGCCAUCUGCUAGGAAUGAAUGUGGAACCCCAAAGAUACUUCUCCAGGAACAAAUGGGUAUUGAGCGAGAAGAUAGCCAGAGUUCCACAAAACUGAAUAAUCCACUUAGGUCUAGAUCUUUGAAAGUUAAUUUCAAACAGGGCAGUUCUCUCCAAAAUCCAGCAAAUAUCACUAGCUCAUUGCCAGCUAAGACAAUAGAACACCCCCUAUACACUCAUCUUCAGCUAAGCACACUUUUUCUGCAAGACUAUUCAUCCUCAGAGCAACCAAUGCAGACAGAAACUGAGAGGCCAGGUGUAUUUUCACAUUCUACAACAUCGCCUUCUCGAAAUCCAAAGCUUGUUUCACUCUCUUCCAAGAAGAGAAGCAGCUUUACAGAAAUAGAUACGGAAGACGAUGACUUCAUGCAGGUAUGUAGUUCAAAGAAUGAUACUCAGGAGGACAUCAAAACUAACUGCAUUGAGGAAAAGAAUGAUGGCAACAAUGCCACAGCAGAAACGGAUGUACUCUCCUUGCAGAAAACAAUCAAUCAAAAUUGUACUCAGGACAUUUACUUAGCAGGAGAGGACAUUAAACAGGACAGUAAUCAGGAGGAAAGCAAAGUGGAAAAUCAUUUAUUUGCCCCAGAAAUCCCCUCAGACACUGGUGAAACAGGUUAUUGUCAGACACGCGAGACCAGCAUGUGACUAGUUGCAAGAGCAAUAAGGACUUUUUUUUUUUAAAAGCACUAAGGUUGGUAAAGCCUAUGAACUCAAAAGGAAAAGCCUCAAAGACAUCCAUAAACUAUUAAUUUUGCAUGGCAUGAAGAAUUGCUUAGUAAAAUAGUUCAGGAACUACCUUUUGUAACAAAACAUAU